UGGAAAUCCGGCCGGAAAUCGGAGCCCCAGAGCGGCUGUGCGGAGCGGCAGAGGACCGAGCAGAGCCCCACGGAUGUGCCUCCGAAAGCGCCGCGGAUACCGCCCUGCGGAGCUCAUUCAUGCCGAGAUAAGGUCGGAGGCUGAAGGUUCGAUGUCAUGCAUGUGUCCGGUCUGCUAACAUCGCUGACGAGUCUCACACUAACCGACUGCCCUCCUUCUCCACAUGACGGACGUUCUGUACACUGGUCCGAUCCCGGCCGAGCGAGGGGGCGUGGCCAUGGGCGGAGGUCGCAGCGAGACCUCGGCGCUGAGCGGGACGGGAGGGGGGCGGGUCACCACUACCCAGAAUUCACAGCGACCCAAUGCCUGCUGCUUCUGUUGGUGCUGCUGCUGCAGCUGCUCAUGGAAUGAAGAGGAGAGGAGGAAGAGGAGGAGGAGGAAGAGGAUAUCACAGGACACCAAGAUGGAAACCAUACCAAACUGUGAAGCUUGCACCAAACCCUCAAUGGAGGAGAUCCGGCUCUGGUCCCAGUCCUUCGACAAGCUCAUGAGAAAUCCGGCAGGUCGGAAUGUUUUCCGGGAGUUUCUUCGGACGGAGUACAGUGAGGAGAAUAUGCUGUUCUGGCUCGCCUGCGAAGACCUCAAACAGGAAAUCAACAAGAGCGCCAUUGAGGAGAAAGCGCGCUCCAUUUAUGAGGACUACAUUUCCAUUUUGUCGCCCAAAGAGGUGAGUCUGGAUGCCCGGGUGCGAGAGGUGAUCAACAAGAAGAUGCAGGACCCGACGCCUCACACAUUUGAAGAUGCCCAGCUGCAGAUCUACACACUGAUGCACAGGGACUCCUACCCACGAUUCCUCUCCUCCAGCAUCUACAAGACCCUUGUCCACGGCGGUUCACGCACCUCCUCCGAGUCCUAGUCCCACACUGCCUCCACCUCCUCUGAAUUCUAGUCCCACACUGCACCCACCUCCUCCAAUUUCUAGUCCCACACUGCCUCCACCUCCUCCGAAUUCUAGUUCCACACUGCACCCACC